AUGACGACUAGAGAAGUGCGACUCGAAGGUGGCGCUCCUUGGGGAUUUCGUAUGCAUGGAGGAGUUGAUCAGAACCAACCGUUGAGGAUAUCGAGGGUCAACCCGGGAAGUAAAGCAGCUCAUCGAGGUAUAAGAGAAGGCGAUUUUAUCUCAUCUAUCAACGGACAGAGUACGAAAACUUUGACAAACACCGAAGCCCAUGGGCUUUUGAGGAAUUCCGGAGAUGUUUUGAAAUUAGGAUUAAAUGAAGAUCCUGACGGAUCACCAAAAAGACGUCAAUAUAGAACCGUUCAUCAUCAGGAAUCAUUUCAAGAAACUGUAAAAAGAUCAAGCAUAACAAGUUACUCUUCAGUUAAAACAGUCGAAGACAUAGAUUCGCCAUCAGACAAAGACAACGAACAUUUUAAAAUAUCAAAUGGACAGACAUCGAUAAAUGGUACCUCGACUAGCAUACCACCUAGUAAUUUGUUGUUAACGAAAAAACCAAGUUCUUCCAGUUCUUCUUCCCCAACUCUAACCAAAGAAGAUUUAAAGACACUAUCUUCGGACAAUGCUUUGGCUUCUCAACGAUCGUCGUACACCAAUUGCACUUUGAGUCCGUCCAGUCCAUCUAUACUUUCUGAAGACGGCACAUGUAGCGACGCACCUGGCCCACAACUCUUAGAAGAUAAACACAUUUCGAUAAUAGAUAAUAUGAACGAUAGUAAAAGCAGUUCAAGGUCCAAAAAACGCAGACAACGUCGAAAGAAUCGCAAAGUAGAAUCAAAUUCUAAUGAUGUCAGUACUCGAGAUAACACAGAAACCGACAAAGCAUUACCAGAUGAAUAUACCGUUCAAUCCCCCAUAGAGCUUACUAAAGAAAGUACCAAUAAAAAACCGAAUAAACCAGUAAAAAGCAGAAGCUUAGAUGAUGACGAAAUGUUCAAAAUACAAGAAGUAUCCGAAAAUACAGAAACAGAAGAUAAAGACAAAGAAACACAGGCUAUAAUAUCAGAAGCAUCAGAAAGCGAAGUAGACUGGGAAGAAACUGAAGCUCUAGACACCCCUCAACCUAUUCACGGCUCUUUAAGCACUCUAACUCUCCCGCUAGAGGGCUGCAUCACCGAACAAGUCACCCUAAUGUCUCCAGAAGAAGAAAAAAACCUAAGAGACUUCCUGGUGGGUUUAAACCUAGUCAACGGUCCCGAAGAAGCAGCCAGUCAAGUCUUAGACAAAUCGGAAUCAUUAAAAGAUAAAAAAGCCAAGAAAAAAGUCGAGUUGGAAAAGUAUUUCUUCCCGUUAUACCAAAAUCCUAGAUAUCUAGACGUAAUCAGCGAGGAAUCUAGGGAAUCCAGCGAUCGUGAUAGUGACAGAGAAUCUAAAACCUCUCUAACUCGCGUUCUACGCAAAGGCACUCCAGAAACUCCAAAUACACCUCCGAAAGUACCUCCAAGGCCCAACAGAAGAAAAAUCCUUCAUAAAUCCGCUCCUCCGAUAGACCAACCUCAAGCCAUCUUAGUAGACACCAAAUUAAUCGAACCAAUUCAACCGAUUUGCAGCUCGAUAUCAGCCACACCUUCUAAUGUCGAAAUAGUAUAUUUAACUUCAUCCGAAACCGAUUCUGGUGAAGAAAUGGAAAGCAACAGUAGUGAUAGUUACGCUAUACCCUCAGAAAAGGAUAGCAGCAAUGAAGAUUUGAGUGAGGAAACGUUAAUAAAGACUGAUGAUGAAACUGUAAAUGUAAGUAAUGCUCAAGAAUCGACUGAUAUUCACAAAUUUGAUAAACUCACUAACAACUGUUCCGAAGAAAUUAUUAAACCAAACGAAACUGAGAAAACUACGUUUUCAAGCACCACUAGUUUUUCUGUUAAAAGGAGUAAAAGUUUUACAGAUAAAGAGGAUCUAGACAUGCUAAAUCAGCUAUUAACCCCACCUUCUACACCUGAUAACUCUUCUCCCAAUGAUACGAAAGAUUCUAUUACUGCAGAUCUUGAUUCUUCAAUAAACAUAGAACCAGAAAUAUAUACUAAUGUGUUGACACCUCCACCACCAUCAAGAUCGCCAUCUAGCAGCAGAAGCUCAAGCAGAAGUUCCUCCCUUUGUACAGCCAAAUACAACCCAUCGGUAUCCUCAAUAACGGACGUAAUAGCUUUAAUCAAAGAACCAGAAGAAGGCAAGUACUUCCAGGCUUUAACCCUUCGAGAAAUCUGUCUGCAAUUCCUACUAGCAUUGCCUUUCGGUAAAGAUAUUUUAGAAGAGCUAGCCGACGUUUCAAAGUACAUAGAAUCCUAUACUAGAUCCCUUCCUAGUACUGUUUUACCCAAACUAGUUCCUAACAUAGCUCAAUUUGUCAAUACAUCGCACACACAAUCUAAUAAUAUUUCUUAUGACAUUUCAGUCAAGUUGCCAAUCAAAAAACAUCAAGAGGAUAUUACGUGCGUUAAAGUUAUUCCAAAAGAUGUUUUAUCUGCAGAUGGAAUUAGUAUUAUGGAACAUAGAAUACCAGUAGAAGUAGAAUCUGAAAAUAUUCUAAAAGGAGUGGUGGAGUUGCCUAAAAUACUUGAUUCAAAAAUUGAAGAAAAGUGUCAAAAUAACUUAUUAGAAGAAUUUAAUAUUCCAAUAAAAAUAGAAGCAGGAAUAGGGCCAAUAAAUGUAACAACUGGCCAGGAGAAGGAAAUUAAAAUUCCAAUUGUGAUAGAAGAGAAAAUAAAUGAUAUUAAAAUAGAAAAUAAAUCAAAAGAAGUUAUUAUAUCUGUAAAGAAAGAAUCUUUGAACCAAAGGCAUAAAGAAUACGUAAUACCAAUCAAGCAAGACAUAAAAACAGAAGAUAAAAUUGUAGAAGCAACGCAAUCAGCAAGAAUAAUUGAUGCGAACGGGAAAGAAGUUAUAAUUCCUAUAAGAAGAGAUUCUUUAAACGCUAAAACCAAAGAGUACAUAAUACCGAUUAACAAAGAAGUAAAACCAAAUGAAAAAACUGUAGUAGCAAAUAAACUUUCUUCAAGAAUCAGUGGUGAAGAAGAAAAACAGGUGGUAGUUCCAAUAAGAAAAGAAUCUUUAGAUACCAAAAUAAAGGAGUACAUUAAGAAAGAAAUAAGAGCAACUGAAGAAACUGUUUUAAUAAAUAAAAGUUGUACCAAAGUCAAUGAUGAAAAGAGAAAAGAAGUAAUAAUCCCUGUAAGAAAAGAAUCUUUAAAUACUAAACCAGAAGAACACAUAAUAACAAUUACGAAAGAUAAAAAAUCAAAUGAACAAACGGUAGAAACAAUAAAAAAUUCUAAGGAAAUUGUAGAUGAAAGAAAAGAAGUAAUAAUCCCUAUCAGAAAAGAAUUCUUAAACAUUAAACCAAUUACUAAAGAAGUAAAAUUAAAUGAGCAAUCUGCAGAAACAACGAAAAAUUCUACAAAAAUUAAAAAUAAAGGAAAAGAAAUUAUAAUUCCUAUCAGAAAAGAAUCUUUAAACAUCAAACCAAACGAAUACAUAAUAUCUAUUAAACAAGAUUAUACAGAUAGUGAUAACAAAGAUAAAUAUGAAAAUGAAAUUGGGACAAAAGAAAAUGAUCAUAAAUGUGUAUCCAAAGAAGUUGAAGUAAAUAGUGCAAGUAUAACGCAAUCAAUAGAAAAAUUGACUCCUAAAAAAGUAAUUGAAGGAUUAACAGGUGUUGAUUCAAAUACAAUGAAACUUCGAGAAGUAAAUAUACCGAUAACAAGAGAAUGGAGUGGAUUGCCUACAGAAAGAGAUCCAAAGUUGCUGCUAUGCUUAUCACCGAAGCAAAAAGACGAAUUGGAGAAAACUAAACAAGUUUCUGAUGAAGCAGCCAAACUAAUAGAUCUUCACGCGAAAUUUAUCAACAGAAAGAUUUCACAUGAAGAAAUUAAAAAGGAAAUGGAAGAUAACGUUACUGUUAUUAAUUGUAAUCAACAGCCUUGUAACAGAUUGUUAACGAUUAUUAAAGAAGAGCCUACAAAUGCGAGUGAAGAUAAAAACUACUUAUAUUUCGUCGAAAAGGAAUCAAGAAAAUUCGAAAAAAAUUUCACUCUCCCUCGUAUAACAGAUAACGCCCGCCUACACGCCAAAGAUCUGUCAGAAUGGCUUCACUUAGCGCGAAAUAAGAGUAUGAGCGAAAGCAACCUGGCCACUACCGAUGAUAUUCCCGAAAAUAACUUAAGAAACAACUUCAAUAUCCAACACGCCUCGCCUUUGAGACGCACUUCUCUGCCGCACGAUAUUUUCGAAAAACAAAUGAUUUGCAUACAGGAAAAAGAGCGGGAGAUUCAACGGCAAUUGGAGGCCUUGGAAGAGGAGAAGCGUUUGUUGAAUGCUGAAAUGGCACCUUCGAAAGAAUUCCAAGUCGAAGAUUAUUACUAUUCACGUAAAGGAGAUUUUGCUGAAUCGAAGAAACGACCUACUUCCAUGCCUAUGAUGCCUACUGAGUACUUUAGGCAACAAAUGUACGAAGAAUACCUGGAUAAAUUCGCUGAGCGAGAGGAACGCAAGCAACACAAGAUAAUCAAAGUCACUUCGUCGAAGGAUUUAAAUCAGGAGAGCGCGUCGGUCGAUAAGAAAGAGGUUAUCCAUCCCAUACAGCUAGAGGACGAAUUUAUGGAUAAAGUAAAGGAGCUUCAAGACGUCGGGAAGCUGGAGAAGGUGGUGAAAAGUGUAGAGAAAGAGAUUGUUGGCGGUAAUGCAGAUGUUGACGUCCCACCGGUGCUGGUAAUGGAUGGCGAACAACUCAAAGUGGUGAAGGAACUUCCGAAACACCUACAAGAAUUCGUUGACGACGAGGGUAUAUGGUCACCAGGACAAAAAAUCGACCUAUCCCCACAAGAUCGAGAAAAAAGAGGUUACGAAAUCCAACAGGAUGAAUCCCUGCCACCAGUGUGGACUCCAAAGAGUGCUAAUUCCAGUCCUGUUUCCGAAAGAAAAGAAUUUAGAUCUGUCAAUUUCCAGUCACCUGUUCUAGGUAGAAGGAACAGGACAACAUCUGAGAAUCUAAGUUCGCAACCCCAGCCCCAGGCGACGCCCUGGAAAAUCCCUGAUUACAGCAGCGAUACAGGAUCGGCAUCGUCAUUUUUGGAACGAAGACUGCCCACCAGCCGUUCCACGCCAGCUACCGGUUUUUCCGAUUUUUCUACAGCAUCGCGCCUGCCCAAAGCACAAAAUCCCACCAUCACUCUUCUCCAAAAAGCCAGAGAGGGUCAACUUCCUAAAGGCGCUUUGUAUAUCGACCAAGAACAGAGGCAGUACAGGCCUAGGGACGACCGGCCUCCCAUAGCCGGACCUGGUGAAGUUUUAUACCAAAUUAAAAACGAAUACACGAGCGAAUCCGAUAACGAAAGAUCCCGAAAAAUGACCGACUUAGGCCAGAGGAAAUUCGAAGGAAUCGGCCCUGUUACCAAAGAAGGAAUUCCCCUCGUCCUUAGAUCCGAAGUCAAAGAUCAAAAUCAAUCAAAAUGGUACAAGCGAAUGUACGAUACCAUCCACAAACAAAAACCUCACAAUGACGAAUACGUUACGGUUCGCUAUAAACAAAAGAGAGCGCAAUAUCCUUACACUUCCGGUUACCUGUCCGAACCGGAACCAGGGGCGUACGACAGCGAUUUUACGGAUUACAAGUACCAAACGUUGGAUAGGAGGCGGCCUCCGCCACAGGAACGAUCUUCGGAUUACGUUAGCUCCACGAUGCCCAGGCCAACUGUAAAUAGAUCAUCCUCGUCUGAUAUAGUAAGAAAUACUCAGGAUUAUUAUAGAAGUCCAGGAAAAAUUGAAAACUACACCCCAGGGCAUUCCUCUAUAGCGGAAAAGGAAGCAAAACAGUGGUGGGACGAAGUCAUGGACAUUUUCGAUGGGCAUUUGGAACAGCAGAAGAAGGUGCAACCUCAAGUGCAUCCAAGAAGUUUCAUCAACCAAUGUUUAAAAGAUACGGGGUACGAAAGUGACUCGACGCUGGUGUUCAGAAGAAGAGAAGAAGCUGCUCAACAACAACUCAGCCCCAAAGAGCAACGAGAAGCCUACAAAGUCAUCCAGAAAGGCGGAGAUGUUCCUCUUCACGGUCUUCGAAAACUAGCGCCUGAAAAACCAAAAGAACCAGAACCCCCAGUACCGCCACCCAAAGGACAGUACGCAAGAAAUCUAAAUCAAGAAUCUCCAAGGAAGUAUGUGGAAAACGAAGUAACCAUCCACUACAAGACGCCGGUGCGUCAAGAAAUAAAAGACUAUCUAAGCGAAGACGAAUUGGCCCACCGGCAGGCCGAGACCAUGAAGAAGAUCUACCAGGAGGAGAGGCGGAAGAAAUAUCUACAGGAACUUCAAGAUAUGAACUCCAGACGGCACACAGACAAUUUCAUUCCCUCUCAAAAAUCUCCAAUAUCCCUUAAUAGAUACGAUGACUUUGAUGAUCUAGCGCCCAAUGCCCGACCAAGACCCCGAUCUCCAGAACAUAGACUUUGCGCGCGCGCCCUCUACAACUUCGUCGGCCAAUCAGCGAGAGAACUAACUUUUAGAAAAGGUGACAUUAUAUACUUGAGGCGACAAAUUGAUAAAAAUUGGUACGAAGGAGAAUUGAAUGCAAUGGUUGGACUAUUCCCGGCUAACUACGUAGAGAUCAUUCCUUUUGAAGGGACGAAAACCAAGUCGACUUUAAGGAAAGCACACGAAGGACAGGCCAGGGCCAAAUAUAAUUUUGUAGCCCAAACUCACUUGGAACUGUCCCUAGCCAAAGGAGAACUAGUCGUAGUGACGAGGAAAAUCGACGAUAAUUGGUUCGAAGGAAAAAUCGGUGGCAGAAAAGGAAUUUUCCCUGCUAACUACGUAGAUAUCCUGAUCGAUCCCCAAUCUUCUGCAGCACCAAGUUCGAAACCAGUAGCGGCUCCUGCGUCUCAUUCUUUAUUACUUAAUGGUUCUUCUGGUGGUAAAGAAUCUAUGGGAUCCCACAGUUACAGGCCCAGUUUGCCAAGCGGUGCCCAAUUGACGUCAAGUUACCACGCCAAGCCAGUACACGUGUUGAACACUAAUGGUAAAAUUCCAGGACUGAGCCAAGCGCUGCAUAUCGAAACGCAGAGCGAACCAGUACCAUACCGAGCUAUGUAUAAAUAUAAACCCCAAAACGAAGACGAAUUGGAACUCCUAGAGGGCGACACGGUGUUCGUUUUAGAAAAAUGCGAUGACGGUUGGUACGUGGGUUCCAGUGAACGAACGGGUGCGUUCGGUACCUUCCCUGGUAACUACGUGGAAAAAAUUUAG